CGGGCGGUACUGGGGGCGUGGCCGGAGGAGUCCCUCCCCGGGCCUGCAAUCUGGGCAGCACAGGGAGGAGCGCUGAGCGUGGCCAAGCUUUGCAUUAGCAACCUGCGGGCUUUAAAGGCACCUGUGAGCUUCAGUGCUUAGACCCACCACGACGACCGUCGUCAUGCAUCGUGUACUGCUGCUGCUCGUGCUGGGCUUGCUGCUCGCGGGUCCCGCCGCCCCUGCGCGCCUCGGCCCGAAGCGCCCUUCCCGACUCGGCGGCUUCUCCUGGGAUAACUGUGAUGAAGGAAAAGACCCUGCAGUGAUCAAAAGCCUGACGCUCCAACCUGACCCCAUUGUCGUUCCUGGAGAUGUGGUUGUCAGUGCUGAGGGCAAGACCAGCGUCCCGCUUACAUCUCCUCAGAAGGUGAGCCCGGGCUAGGGACCAGAGGCAAGGGGAGUGGGCAGCCA